AUGGAAAAUAAAGGCAAAGAAGACGAGAAGAAUGAAGAAGAUACACAUGACACAGGUGACCAGCCGUUGAGCAGGAAGUCGGAUUACCAUGAGAUAUCAAAAAAUGAUGUCAUUGUAACCACCAAGGAGAGUGACGAUGCGGUAGAUCAAGACGAUGCAUCUGUGAAGAUUAGUUUACGAAAGCCGUCAUUCACUAUAACACCAGGACCUUACAAGUUGACAGACUUUAUCGGCAACAUUAUGCUAGAAAACCCUGAGUUUUUGGAGUCAAAUGGUGCAGAAAUCACGUGUCUGGAAGCAUGGGAUCAGAAUGUCUACAUAGGCACCAGUACUGGCGAACUUAUCCAUAUGUAUCGAGUUGACGAUCGGCUAGGAUACAUACAAAUUUCAAGGCAACGAUUCAACAGCAACAAGGUGAGCUCCAUCAAGAAAAUGCUGCUUUUACCUGAAAUAAGCAAGAUUCUAGUGCUAAGUGGUAGGACAAUGAGCGCCUACAUACUACCUGAGUUAUCACCCGCAAACAUAGGCAGACUUCGUGAUGUAAGCGAUAUGGUUAUUGACUAUGAUACAAUGAAGCUUGAUACCAGAAAGAAGAAUUAUACGAGUGCCAUUAGUCACAUUAACGGUGAGGUCUAUUUGAGCGUAAUGGUUUUCACCAGUAAGUCGAUUAGACUGGUGAGAAUCUUUGAAGAAAGUAUCAAAUUAUUCAAAGAGGUACAUUACGUAGGCUCUGUAACUGGUGUUCAGCGAUCUGCUGUUGCUGCUGUUGCUACGCAGACCAAUUAUGAUCUUGUGGACGUGAAUCAAUCACAGAAGAUACCUCUUUUCCCGACUUGUUCAGGCAGAGGAGAAGAUGGAAACACAGUUUCGCUGAUGCCAUUUGUUAUUCCAGUUGGUAAAAAGGAAUUUCUCAUGGUUUGCGGAGGUCAAUCUGCAGAAGAGCCUGCCGUAGCGAUGGUGGUAAACUCCAGUGGAGACGUUAGUAGAGGUACUAUCCCGUGGAAAAGUUAUCCUGUCUCUGUGGCGGUGGACUAUCCCUAUGUGAUAGCCAUUUUUGAUAACGGUGAGGCUAGUAUUCAUUCUCUACAUAGUCAACUGGAAGUCCAGCGGAUAAUAUUCGAUUCUCAAACGAGUGCACAUGCUUUUGGUGUGAAGUCGGUUUUCCGAAUUUUUGAGAUUAAGGACGCUGAAUUAACUAAAGCGCUAACGAAGAGGCCAAUUAUAUCGCAGAUGACUCCUGAGGAACUAGAGAAAAUUGUCUUAGAGUCGGAUUUGGCCCAAACGAAUUUGAUUAAGUCAUCGUGUCUUCUGUACAAUGCAGAUGGUUCCUUUGUGAAGAUAUUCCAAAGAUAUCCGCAACCAUUAAGAUGGAUUGACUUGUAUAAAGGAGUGAACAAGCAGAGUUUCCAAAAUGUAUUUGAUGAGUUGAUAGAUGAGCUAGAAGAAGAGACGUCUGGUAGAGACUCGACGGAGGGUCAAAUCAUUCUGUCGCUUUUGGCGUUUCUCUCUCUCAAAUAUUACAGUUUUAAUCAGGCGUUCGAUAUAUUGUCAUCGAAUAUGAGUCAUCUGGAUCCCAGACUUGUUAUCUACAUAGUAGAUGGAUCCAAAUAUAAACAGAUAUACGGCUCUGUUUGGGAAUUUGAUGGCUUAAUAGGAUUUAUUGAACAGCUCAAGAUUCAAUAUGCUGCAAACGAGAACGAAGCGCAAGUUUGUGAUUUCAUGCAGUUGUAUCUGAAUGUCUGUAUUGCGUCUCCAGAUACUUUUCCUGAGGGUGACAAAGAAUCCAUUAUGAAAACGAUCGAAAUAUAUCUUCUAAACUUGAGCUUAGAUACCGAAGAUCCUAUUGAUUUGCAUCCAUUGUUGAUGAACUUGAAGUAUGGCUCUCGUGAAGCCAUUGAGAUCUUGCUUCUAAGGAAAAGGUACUAUUUCUUGUCAAAUUUGUAUUCUUCCUUGAAUGACCACGAGCAAAGUCUAUAUUAUCUGAAGGGGCUAAUUACAGGUGAUUUCAACGAUGUCUACUACCAUAAGCAUUUUCCCGAUUUAAGCAAGGCGUUACAAUUUUUGGUGAACUAUCUUCUUGCUCAUUGUUCCGCAAAGGAGAAUGUUGUCAAGAGUUAUCUUCAAUGGCUUUUAGAAGGGUAUCCUGAGUACGGAUUUAAAGUUGUCACUGACAAGCGUGUCGAAAGUAUUGAUUUUAAUGACGUUGGGGUGCUUCAUAGUUUUGAGGAACACGGCAGGUCUGACUUAAAGGCCAAGUAUUUGGAAUAUAUGCUGGGUGUAAAAAAGAAGAAGCAAUUUAGAGGCGAUGUGAUCUUGGCCGUUUUGGAUGAAUUGUUGAACCGACUGCAGAACGAUGAAGGUUUGGUCAAGCAAAUUGAGUUAUGUAUGGACAGGUACAGCAAGUUAAAGGUUCCCAAAAUGUCCUUUCAGAACUUUUGGGCCAUGGAAAAGAAGUUGAAUACGGUUGAUAGUUCAUUUUCUGUGCUUCACAACAAGUUGUAUUCGUAUCUCUCGAAGGUGACGUCCGGUACGGUAUCUGUUUUGAGCCAAUGUUCUGUUCUCGAGAGGUGUGAGAAGGAGAUUGUAGAUACCAAGUACGGUCAGCUACUUCCGUUGAUUAGCAUGAUGAUUCAUUAUAAGAAAGGUGACCUGAAGACGGUUAUUAUUGAGCUAUGUAACCUUGGUGAUUUCAAGACAGCUGAGCAGGUGGCAACUACAUUGGCAUUACCAGAACUAGGCAAAGUUGGGACCGAGGAUGCUGAUACUGAAUCUGAAAGGAAGGAAUCUGAAGAUGCUCAAAAAGUAUCAGAGGGACUUUUACUGCUGAUCUUUGACGUCUACCUAAAUAUGGGUAACACAGAGUUGAUAGAUUCUUUCCUUAGUCACCAUAACCUACUUCAAGAUGAUACUAGGGAAGUCAAGUCGGUAUUAGAGAGAAUGGAUAAGUUUGCUGCCAUUUUACAACGAAUCCCCGACAACUUUCCCCUUCUUCAAUUACAGAACUUUUUAAAGAGAAGUUUGCUAGAAUUCCACGAUUACCAGGAAGUUCUAGUGCUCCAAAAGAGCUUAUAUAGAUCGAGACACUUGCAAAUGAAAGGCAUGAAAGAAAGUCUGGAAGAUAAGUGA